AUUUUCUCAUGGCCUUUGUAUACAAAUGACUUCAUCAGCCGCUUUUCUCUCUUCCUUUUCCGCUUCAGCUCAGCGAAGCCCCUGUCGUUUUGUAUUGAGCCGCGGGUCCCCAGCUAGCUAGCAAGAUGACCAAUCCCAAGGGAUAUCGUCGUGGAACGCGAGACAUGUUCUCGCGGGCCUACAAGACCAAGGGCGUGCAGCAUUUGUCCACUUAUCUCAAGUGUUACAAAACUGGCGACAUCGUGGACGUCAAGGGCAACGGUGCCUUCCAAAAGGGUAUGCCCCACAAAUCUUACCACGGAAAAACUGGACGCGUCUUCAAUGUGGCCAAGCACGCCGUCGGCAUCAUUGUGAACAAGCGUGUUAAGGGGCGCAUUCUCCCCAAGAGGAUCUCCAUCCGUAUCGAGCACGUGACCCACUCCAAGUGCCGAACCGACUUCUUGAAGCGUGUCAAGGCCAACGAGGUCAAGAAACGCACCGCCAAGGAAGCCAAGCAGCCCGCACCCGACUGCAAGCGUCAUGCUAAGGAACCCAUUGGUGCCCAUGUGGUCAGUGCCAAGAACAACGAGCCUCAAUUCUUGGCCCCCAUUCCUUACGAAUUCGUCGCUUAAGCUGUCAAUAAAGUUGGAUAUACCUAUCACGCACCGA